UACUCCUUCUCAAAAACGCCCCUUUCGUCGUCGGCGUAGCUCGACGAAGACAAAAUUGCCCAUCAUGGACUUUGACGACAUCGGCAACAAGCUUGCCAACUUGACCAUGUACGACGUCAAGCAGCUCUAUACAGCCGCCAAGAACUAUGCGCUGAACAUUUCCGAGAUCGAGGCAAAGGUCAACGAAGCUACCAGCGAUGACCCUUGGGGCGCCUCGUCGACGCUGAUGCAAGAGAUCGCUUCUGCCACGCACAACUUCCAAGACUUCAACGAGAUCAUGCCCGCCAUCUAUCGCAACUUCAUGGAGCGGGAAGCGCGCGAAUGGCGGCAGAUCUACAAGGCCCUUCAGCUGCUCGAGUACAUCAUCAAGCAUGGCUCCGAGCGAGUUGUCGAUGAUGCCCGGUCUCACCUCUCGACAAUCAAGAUUCUCCGCAGCUUCCACUACAUUGACGAAGCCGGCAAGGAUCAGGGCAUCAAUGUCCGCAACCGAGCAAAGGAGAUCAGCGAGCUCCUGUCGGAUGUCGAAAGAAUUCGGCAGGAGCGGCGAAGGGCGAGGGCCAACAAGGCAAAGUAUCAGGGCGCAAGCAACUCAGACUUCGUUCCGGGAAGUGGCUCGGGUCGGUACGGUGGCUUUGGGAGUGACAGCUACUACGGAGGCUCCGGUGGUGCGGGCGGGUCGAGCAGCUUUAGCGGCGGAGGCGGCGGCGCCCAACGGGAAAGCUUCGACGAGUACGAUGCAGGAGAUUACGAAGAAGGUUCAGCCUCUGCUGGCACGAGAGCUUCUUCACGCCCGUCUGCUCAAGGUGCUGCCAAGAAGAAGGAGCCAGCACCUGCUGCGAAAGUGGCCGACCUGUUCAGCUUCGACGAUGACGACGAUGCCUCGAGCAACCCCGCCCCGCCCGCCCCUUCAAAGGCUCCUGCUGCGUCGACCUCCGCAGCAAGUGAUGGCUUUGACGACUUCGACGACUUCCAAGCUGCUCCUUCUCAGAGCGCUGCAACUGCAACCACAUCUGCACCUGCACCCGCACCUGCUGCUCGUCCGAGCAACACAGCUGCCACCAAGAGCGGUGGCAACGUUUUUGACUUCCUUGGAGGCGACGAGACCGCUGCCGCGGCACCUGCUCCCUCCCGUGGAAGCGCGAGCACCACCAGUGGCAUCAGCUCGACGCCACUCUCGCCCCAACAGCGCCCGCAGGCUUCGCGGAGCACGACGGCCACGUCCACCUCCUCUGCUUCUCAGCAACCCGCGAAGAACUCGCUCAACUUCGAUGACCUCUGGGCUUCCUCUGCCGGCAAGUCUUCAGCGACGGGAUCAGGGGCAGGGGGCGCCAACAAGGGAAAAAUGUCUCUGGCGGAGAUGGCAAAGCAAAAGUCCAACAGCGCCGUAUGGGCCUCAGGUUCAGCACAGCAGCCGCCGUCGACACAGAAGAAGUCGGAUCCGUUUGACUUUUUGUAGAUUGGUAGGACAGUAUGACAAAGAGGGAAGGCGGGCAGAAGAAAAGGAGGGGAAGAGGGGGUCCGCAGCCUGUAUCCAGCCUCCUUUUGCACUCGUCACCUCGAAUCAACUUUCAUCUGAGCUUGAAUACCGUUUGCGAAAUUACCUGGAAGUCGGAAGACGCGUGGAUGAGAACCACC